UUAUAGCGUGUUCCAGGACGGAAGCGGAAAUCUCAUGUGUUAUCUAAAGUGUCGACGAUUGUUGUAAAUUUUAGGUUAGCAUUUACACCAUUUACACGAGGGAAUUCGUACGAGAAGAAAGGGUAUCGCUGAGAGAUUUUGCUUCAUACAUUCUGAUGUAAAAGUCCGUACGAUCGCAAUCAUGGCAGUCCGUGUACAAUUCGAGAACAACAACGAGGUCGGUGUCUUCUCAAAAUUGACAAAUUCCUAUUGCUUGGUAGCGAUCGGCGGUUCCGAAAACUUUUACAGUGUAUUUGAAGCAGAAUUAGCGGAAACAAUUCCUGUUAUUCAUGCUUCUGUAGCAGGAUGUCGCAUCAUAGGUCGAUUAUGUGUUGGAAACAAAAAUGGAUUAUUAGUACCAAACACAACAACAGAUACCGAAUUGCAACAUAUUCGAAACUCCUUGCCAGAUAACGUAAAAGUACAAAGGGUAGAGGAAAGACUCUCUGCUCUUGGUAAUGUUAUAACGUGCAAUGAUUAUGUUGCUUUAGUUCAUCCAGAUCUUGAUAAGGAAACCGAAGAGAUUUUAGCCGAUACGCUGAAUGUGGAAGUAUUUAGGCAAACUGUUGCAAGCAAUGUGUUGGUAGGCUCAUAUUCCAUUUUAUCUAAUCAAGGUGGAUUGGUUCAUCCCAACAUGUCCAUACAAGAGCAGGAUGAAUUAUCAUCUCUUUUACAAGUUCCACUCGCGACUGGAACAGUAAAUAGAGGUAGUAAUGUGAUUGCUGCUGGUAUGGUUGUAAAUGAUUGGGCAGCUUUUUGCGGCAUGGACACAACUUCAACGGAAAUCGCUCGUAUUGAGAGCGUUUUUAAACUUAACGAAGCUAAUCCAACUCCUAUCACAUCAAGUAUGCGCGCCCCUUUUAUAGAAAGUAUGUCCGACUUAUAAAUAUCCGACUUCUCUAUAUAUAUAAAAAAAAAGAAAAAAA